GGUUAUAUUUUUGUUUGAGUUUUGGAAAAAAAUUAAAUAGAAAAUUAAAAUAUUAAGGAUUAAUUUAAGUAAAAAUGUCUGCAACGUUUAAAAAUGCCAGGAAAAAAGCGUCUCAGGAACAGCUCAGAAAACUAAUGAAAGAACACCAGAAGGGUCUGAAAGAAGUUAAAAAAAUUGAGUCGCCUUUGGCAAAAUAUAACGAUUUAGGACAACUUACCUGUAUUUUGUGCAAAUCAGUAGUUCGAUCCGAAGCAGUAUGGACGGUACACAUAAACGCAAAACAGCACAAACAAAACGUCGAAAUGGCGAAGAAAUUAAAAGAAAAAACUAAUAAUUUUACCACUCCAUUGAAAAGGCCUUUAACACCUCCAUUACCAGAAGUUCCAGAGAAAAAAAUUAAAGGAAUUUUAAAAAAUGCUAUCACACCAGUCACCACAAAAGACAGUGGUACAUCGAUACAAACAAGUAAAGAAAAUGGGAAUGGAAUACCUAGUGAUUUCUUUGAUAAUACCAGUAAAACAACUACAAAAAAUCCUGUUUUUUCUCGUCCUAUAAAAUCUAAUACAAUAUCAGGGAAUAGUACGGAAGAACCUGAACAUAUGGAAGAAGAAAUUCCUGAGGAAUUGCCUGAGGGAUUCUUUGAUGACCCAAAGUUAGAUGCAAAGGCCAGACAUAUCGAAUAUAAAGAUCCAGCAGAAGAAGAAUGGGACAGAUUUAUGAAAGAAAUCAAAGAGGCUGACAAUAAAAGUGCAGCAAUCAUUGCAGAAGAUCAAGAAGAAGCAACGACAGAAAGACAAAUCGAUGAAAUAGAUGAACAGUUAAAGAAAUUGAACAGAGUUCUAGCUUUAGAAAAACAGAAAGAUGAGAUUGUCACAGUGCUGAACGAUGUUAAAAAUGAGAAUAUCGAUGAUGAUGAUGAUGCCGAUGUUGAUUUCGAUGAGUUUCUUGAUUGGAGGGCUAAAAAGUCGUUUAAGUAGUUGUUUAGUUUUAUUUUGUAUUAUACAUGUUUCUAUUAAAAUAAAUUUUAAGUAUUUUUAA